AUUAAGCGACAAAGAUCGGCAUAGGAAUAUCAAAGGAUCAUCAUCCCCAAAACCGAAAAAAGGGAGAAACCCAAGUUUGUUGUUGGAGUGAAACACUGUCUGUUUGUGAAGUUAAGAAGUCCAGUGUGUAGCUGUGUACGGAAAAAAAAGCAUGGUUUCUGCAUCAGAGAUUGCAACAAAGUUGAAUCUGGCUUCCCACCCUGAAGGUGGCUUCUUUUCUGAAACUUUUAGGGAUAGUUCUGUUAUGCUCUCCACAUCUCAACUUCCUCCUCAAUACAAAGUCGAUCGUGCCGUUAGCACAUCUAUUUACUUCUUGUUACCGGCUGGGAGCGUGUCUCACCUUCACCGUAUACCCUGUGCUGAGACCUGGCAUUUUUAUUUGGGAGAACCUCUUACGGUCUUGGAGCUGGAUGAGAAAGAUGGGCAAGUAAAACUAACAUGUCUUGGACCUGAUUUGUUGAAUAAUCAGAAGGUGCAGUACACAGUGCCUCCAAAUGUUUGGUUUGGUGCAUUUCCAACAAAAGAUUUCAACAUUUCGACUGAUGGGGCAGUGACGAAAAAUGAUCCAAGGGAUGCUGAGAGCCAUUAUUCACUUGUAGGAUGCACCUGUGCACCUGCUUUCCAGUUCCAAGACUUCGAGCUGGCAAAACGAUCCGAGCUUGUAACUCGCUUCCCCAAACAUGAGCAUCUCAUUUCUUUACUCACUUAUCCUGAUUGAUACAAAGCUUCACAAAUUCAUCUCACAAUCAUGAAUCGGUAUUAUUUUCCCAUCUUCUGCUGUGUUAGUAUAAGGUUAAAAACGAUCUAGUCUAGCUGUACUGUCGACUGCAUUCUGUUAUGUAUGUUGUAAUACAUGGCAAAACAGAUUAAUAAGAAACUCGUGCCCUGAAAA